AUGUUUAAUUUGCCCAAUAUAGUGAAGAGGCUCAGUGAUUUGGAUGUUAUGAUUCAAAAUCAGGGUUCUGAUACAAUAAGUAGAAUGGUUACAUUGGAACAACGGAUUAUUAAAGUUGAGCAAUCAGUAGAUGUGGCGGGGAAAAGUUGCAGGGAUCCAGCAGUGGAGACAGCAAUUGGUGAAAGGGAGGAACUGAUUUUUGAAAUGAUGGAAAGAAAAAAUAGAGCAAGCAACAUCUUAGUCUAUAACGUAACUGAAUCAAAAAUGAAUACACAGACACAGCGCAUGAAGGAAGACAGUGAAACUGUUGAGAGGAUAUUGGAGAAUUUUAAUAUCGAUAAAAAUAAGUUGUCAAUUUAUAGAUUGGAAAAGUUUAUACCCAACAAGAAUCGACCAAUUAAAGUAUGUCUGGCUAAAGAGGAAGAUGCAAAUUGCACGAAUAAAACAUCAAGACAAGAACUUGAUGAUUUGAUGAAAAUUGGUGGCGAUAUUCAUAACGAUAUAAAUACAGAAGAAAAUGUACCGCAAGGUACAGAUAAUUUAUCAACAGGAAGUGUUGAUAGUGAAUCUGUAGAUAAAGUCAUUCCUGAAUGUCAAACGGACCCAAAGAAGUGCAAGCAAACACUUAUUGAAAAAGUUGUUCCUGAAAAUUUCACUCCAAGUCAAACAUCCUCCAUAAAGGAUGUCCCUGAACAUAAAAGUCCAAGCUCGGACAGUGAUAGUGAAAGUCCGUAUACCUCAAAUAACAAUUUGAGGAAUUUAAAUAAAUAA